CACAUAAAUGUCUGGUGUGGUUUUUGCAGUUUUCUGAACCCCCUGGGCAUGUUUGUUGGUGGGGCGGUCGUGGCUCUGGUCUUCAUGGGCUCGGUGUGGGCAGGAGAGAAUAAAGCUGUGAUCAAGAACUUCAAGAAGAGAAAUCCCACCCUGUUUGUCGUGGGUGUCCUGGGAAUCAGCUACCUCCUGCUGUCCUUGUGUGGAGGAGUGAUGGUGUUUCUCUUCGGUAUCACACUCCCCAUGCUCUUGAUCCUCAUCCACGCUUCUCUGAGACUUCGCAGCAUGAAGAACAAGUUGGAGAACAAGAUCGAGGGCGUUGGCCUGAAGAAGACGCCCAUGGGAGUCAUACUGGAUCUCCUGGAUCAACAAGAAGAGAAGAUCAACAAAAUCCAGGAUUUCUUGGAGAGUAAGCUGAAAGAUUGAGCAUGAAGCACCUCGGUGUCCUCUACAUGCAGCCACUCUUUCUUCUUGAGUUGUUUUGUGUUUGUUUUGGUCUUGGUUUGACAGCCAAGUGCCAAAGCGGAAAUAUCUUUUAAAUACCAAAGUAUGACGAAGUUCCAGACGCACAUGUUUGUCACAUCACCAGAGAGUAUGACUUGCUAGUGUAAGACUGUCUGUAUAAGACUCAUUCCCAAUCUGUAUGCAGCUUCCAUUGACAUUUUGUCUAUUUUUUUUUAUUCAGAAUGAAUUAGCAUAAAAGUGUAUGUUUUGAAUAGAUUUCUACAGACAGAGUCACUGAAAGCACUUUGAAAUAUUGUAGAUUUGAUCAAACCUUAUUCUUCCCCUGUGGCGAAACGAUCAUCGUUCUUCUGGCGCACAUUUGUAAUAGAAAUUAAAUGUUUUCAUAUGAGCUGAUGUGGCAUAAUGACGGAGGAGUGUGUAUUUAUUGCAUGUUUUGCUUCUUUUUUGGCUAACACAAGCUCUGCAGUGAAGAAACAUUCACAUGCUUCUGAAAUUAAUGCACAAACACUGUUUGUUUGCAGGUUUGAACAGAUUUAAUAAAGGUGGAAU